GCAGGUGAGAGAUGUUUACGUUUCUGUUUUUCUUCAUUUAAUCAUAAAUCGAAAUCGGAUUUCUUAUUUUAUUUGCAGUGGAUUUACUUCGAUUACGCUGAAAUAUUGCUCUAGAGGAUGGACUGUUCUUUGCAGACUUUAAAAUGCAGAAUGAAGCUCCGGGUGAGAAUCAACAAACAGACCAGCAAACUGGAGCUGGACGGACCAGAACCGACUUUAUCCGAGCUCAGCGACCGGGUCAGAGACACCCUGCUGCCGGAAUGUGGACUUGACUGUGACGUGGAGUUUAAUCUUUCUCUGAAUGGAAAAGAGGUACUGCUGGACACCGGACAGACUCUCUCCUCCUGUGGGGUUGUUUCUGGCGACAUGAUCAGUGUGAUUUUGCCACAGAGCAGCUUGCAGCCAACACAAACACCGAACAGCACUGGAGCCACUGAGCAGAGACAGUACCAGACCGACACGCACGGAUCCAGUGAGGAGGCGGGUCCCAGCUGCAGUGAGAGAGACGCUGUCAUGGAGGAGUGGAUGGAGGAGGCCGAGGAGGAGGCCGGAGUCUUUGCUCCUCCACCGCUGCUGUGCUGCGAGACCGAUGCUGGUCUGAUUCCUCAUGCUCUGGAGCGGCUACUUAACUCUGCGAGCUGUCAGAACCCGUCAGACUGUCUGAUGCUUGCCGCACACCUGAUGCUGCUGGAGACCGGCUUCCUGACGCAGGGUUCUAAGGUGACCUCGGGUGAGAUGCCGAUUGGCUGGCGGGCAGCAGGGGGCAUUUACAGACUUCAGUAUGCCCACUCACUCCUCGAGAACAGCCUGGUAUCGGUGGUCACUGUACCGAUGGGCCAAUCACUCGUCAUUAAUGCCGUCCUCAAGAUGGACAAGAAUUUGGAGAGUUCUAGAAAACUGGUGCUGAAGCCAGAUGCUUACGUGACACCUGAUUGGGCAGGUGGCACAGACGCCGUUUACAGAGACUUACGGAAACUCUCACGCCUCUUUAAAGAUCAGCUGGUGUAUCCGCUCAUGGCCGCCGCCAGACAAGCACUGGGAUUGCCUGCUCUGUUCGGUCUGCCAGUUCUUCCUCCUGAGCUGCUGUUACGCGUGUUACGACUGCUGGAUGUCGCCUCACUCGUCUCACUGUCAGCUGUGUGCCGAGACCUGAACGCUGCUACCCACGACCCCUCACUCUGGAGACACCUGCUGCACAGAGACUUCAGGGUGUGUUUUGCUGCCGGCGCUCAGCCCAGAGACACAGACUGGAGAGACCUUUACAAAAAGAAAUAUAAACAGAGGAAGCAGAAUGAGCUUAGGGGCAGAUGCAGGUUUUACCCCCCUCAUGUGCCUCCAAUUUAUCCUCUUACCCCCAUCCCACCUGCCCCUCUCCCCCUCUACCCUCCCGGCAUCAUUGGAGGAGAUUACGACCAAACCCCCGUGGUUCUGCCCCGCCCACGCUUCGACCCCAUUGGCCCUCUCCCCGGUCAUCUCCCAGGUGUGGGCGUUCCCAUUGACUGGCGGUCUGUGAGGCCUGGAGGAAAUCGGCCAGCAGACAUCAGGAGGGGUUUCAUUUAAACAUCAGCACUUCAAAUACUCCAACGUAAACUUGCGUUGGAUAUUAUCAUUCUGAUGCAUAUAUGUUCUUUGUGCUCCCUUCAUUAAAGCGGUCAUACACUGUAACCGGGUCUUUUUUUUUAUUGAUACUCAUAACAAUUAAUUUAUUUAAAGGAAAAUUCUGUCAUCAUUUUCUCAUCCUCAUUUCAUUCCAAAUCUGUUUGUCUUGCUUGCGUCGAUAGAAGAGUUUUUAAAGAACGUCCUGUCCGCUUUUUUCUAAAUAAUGAAAGUGAAAAGUAUUGUAAUAGUAGUCCAUGACUCACAUGCUAUAUUCCAAGUCUUCUGAAGUCGUAUGAUAGCUUUGUGUGAGGAAUAGACCCAAAUUUAAAGCUGAAGUGUGUAAUUUCUGUUCUACUAGCGCCACCAAACUGAACUUUUGUUUUCAAACAGCUUUCUGAACACGCACCGCCAUAUAGUCCCGCCCCCAACUCACGGCAUAAGUCGGAUCAGUGCUGUUGUGUCGGGCUGGAGGGGUCACGCAAAACAAACUUUUAUAGCUCCACAGAGACACUUUUUACAAAAAGUUACACACUUCAGCUUUAAGUCAAAAUUCACUAAAAGUGUUGCCCUCAGUUGUAGCUCUCAAAUUAAAUUUGGAAGAGGGGAAGAUUUUCAGUGAAUACCGACUUAAAUUCCAGUGUUUCACACACAGAGCUUCUGUAUGACUUAAUAUGAACAACAUGAUGGUGAGUGAUGACAUAAUUUUUAUUUCUGACUCCAUUCCUUUAACUAUACAUCACAAAUUAGGACAAGAUGUUGAAGCACAAAAAGAAAACAUUCAAUAAAAAGUGCAGGAUUAUUUUUA